CUCACAGUAGAGCUUUCACUCUGUUUCAAAUCUGUGUACUUUGAAAUUGGAGGACAAGAAAAUUAUACUGUGGUUUAAGACGUGCUUAUUAGAAAAGGAUUUAGGAGGCUAACGCUGUCCUAUGCGUGCGUUGUUUCCCGUUCCUGCGCUUGUAAAAAGGACAAGAAGAAGUAAAAAGACUGGAGAGAACUUGUGUUUGGUUCAGUGAGAGAGAGGAACUGACCCAGAGAAGAACAUCCACUGAUACAGCAACAGGAUGUAUCGACUGCCCCUUCUUUGUUUGGUGGUGAUGGUGUCUGUCACCUGGGCCCACCAGCACCUUCCUCUUCUCUCCUCAGAAAUGGUUGACUUUAUUAACCAGGCCAACACCACCUGGGUGGCUAGGAUUAACUUCCCUAAAGUUAACAUCAGCUAUGUGAAGGGACUAUGUGGGACUUUACGCAAUGGAAGGAAACUACGGGAGGUGGUUCAUACCACUGAUGACAUAGAACUUCCAGACAGCUUUGAUGCGCGCCAGCAUUGGCCUAACUGUCCCACAAUCCAACAAAUCAGAGACCAGGGCUCAUGUGGGUCCUGCUGGGCCUUUGCGGCAGUUGAGGCGAUAUCGGACAGGUUAUGCAUCCACAGCUGUGCUAAUAUCUCUGUGGAGAUCUCUGCUGAGGAUCUGCUGUCCUGCUGUGAUGAAUGUGGCUUUGGCUGCAAUGGUGGUUUUCCUUCUGUUGCCUGGGAAUUCUGGGUAAAGAAAGGGCUCGUGACAGGAGGCUUGUAUGACUCUAAAGUUGGCUGCAAGCCUUACACCAUCACUCCUUGUGAGCAUCAUGUAAAUGGAACUCGUCCUAAAUGUCAGGAUGAACAGGAGACUCCUAAGUGUGUGGAGCAGUGCAUUGACGGAUACUCGCCAUGCUAUCGGAAGGAUAAACACUUUGGAAGGUGCACAUACAAUGUCCCAUCCCACCAGGAACAAAUCAUGGCUGAGCUGUACAAGAAUGGGCCUGUCGAGGCAUCUUUCACUGUCUAUGAGGAUUUUCAGCUCUACAUGAGUGGUGUGUAUCAGCAUGUGAUAGGGGAGAUGGUGGGUGGUCACGCCAUCAGGAUCCUGGGCUGGGGAGAAGAGAAUGGGACACCCUACUGGUUGGCUGCAAACUCCUGGAACACUGACUGGGGAGACGAGGGUUUCUUCAAGAUCAAGCGUGGAAAUGAUGAAUGUGGUAUUGAGUCUGACAUUGUAACAGGAAUCCCACUCAUCUAGUAAAAUCAGCUCUGACUGCAAACGUUUGUCAAAUCAAAUCAAUUGAGAAACAUUCAAGUAAAGGUGUUAGUUUGUAAGAGCUUUGUAAGGCAAAUAUUGAGAUAUCAUGUAAAAACAAGGAAUAAAUUGCGCAACAUGGUGAAA